CAAUUUCUGAGCUGAAAGGAAAAAGUUGGUAUUUCUUAACAAUGGAGGAAAAGCUUAUUGCCGUUGGGAGAUGGUGGAGAGCAGUCGGCAGUGCCAGGAGGCUCCGGAACCGGGGCCAGAAUCAUGAGCUGCAGUUCAUGAGAACCACCAUGAAGGCGGCUAACAGAGCCGCAGUUCACGGUGUCAGGCCACCCAUCCCUAAAACCGUAGAUGAAGAGGAGGUGGAGAAGGUUAUAAAGAAAGGGAAAGAAGAGAAAGAAAACAAGAAGAAAGAGAUCGAGAAAGUAGUAUACUCACAGACAAAUAGCUCCAAAGAUGGCCAAAACUCUUGAACUAAUCGUGUGAACUUCAAAAGGUGUAAUGUCAAAGUUAAAAAAAAUUUCGAAAUCUUCC